CGUGAAAGGCCGGCGCCUUUUGAAGCGGUAAGCCGAGGAAGCGGCCAGCUGUAUGGCCCGGUUCGGGCUCUCUCUUCAGGUAACUGGGUCGCCCCUGUUCCUUGUGCCGGGUGGGAGAGAAACGCCGGGUGGAAGAGCGGUUGACGCUUUCGCUUUCUCUGGGCUUCACGGAGUCAGCCUCAUCGGCUUCGUUCGCGUGCCCGGCUCCGCACUUUUUUUUCUUUUGACGGGGGCGAGGAGGGACCACACUCUCCUGCAGGGCCGUCGAACUCGAGAGCGCAUGUGGUCCCCCUGCAGUGGCAAAACGUGAGAGCGAAAGGUUUGUUGCUGCGGAAGAGAAAAGACGGGUCGUUGUCAGGCACGGUGCGCGGGCUCCAUCCUUGAGAGUGCAUCGGAAAGCUGCUGCUGCUGCCGGAGCUGAUAACGCUGGAAUAUGUGAGUGGUAGCGGUGGUAAGGAAACCAGCUUUGUGUCGCCACGUUGGAGCAGCGGAAUUCUUGGGAAGUGGACGUGAGAAAAAUCCAGGCCCUCUCCGUGCGAUCCUCCUCGCCCCUGCUGCGUCGUGAGCGCGCGCCAUGAGCGCCAACGGCCACAAGCUGAGGAGCUUCGUCGAGGCCAACUUCUCCGGCGGCGUGGGCACCAGCCUCUGGAUGAACUCCUUCCGCAAAGACGGCAACGGCGGUGCGUCGGCGCCGGUCAGCAAGAGCCUGCUGACCUCGGAUCAGCGCCAGCAGUACGAGGACCAGGGCUACCUGAUGGUGCAGGGCCUCAUGCCGGCCGCGCUGAUGGCGCAGGCCAGCCGGAUGGACAUCGCCCUGGAGCAGAGGCAGAAGCUGGACGCCGAGGCACAGGAGAGGCUCGAGAGGACCAUGCGCGACCUUCUGUCCCAGUACAGGCGCACCUCGCAGGUUCUGGACUGGGUGGAACAGUUCUGCGGCGCCAAGGUCCUCUCCCUCGGCGCCAUGUACGUCAGCGUACCACCAGCAAGCGGCGCCGGUCAACUGGCGCUGCACCAGAACGCCAACUUUCUGCCGUUCUCGGAAGACGAGGAGCGCCUGGUCUCGGUGUGGACAGCCAUCGACUGCCCCGGCGUCAACUCCCUAUUCGUCGUACCCGGUUCUCACAAGGGUCCCGCCCUGCAGCACAGCGUCGAGGACGGUGUCAUAAUCGACCCCAUGUUCGAGGACGUCGGUGCUGUGGCCGUGGACGCGCAGCCCGGUGACGCAGUCUUCAUCCACCCGAGGCUCGUGCACGGAACGGCGCCUAACCGAUCCAGCGCUCAUCGCAAGGAAAUGAUUUCGCACUACGCCCACGGCAACGUCCGGUAUAUUGACAAGCCAUCGUCCAACCAGGACUACUGGAAAGACAGCGCCUACAUCGUUCGCAGCGCCGACAGCCGUCUCUGAAGUGAAAGCGUGUUGAACUCACCGCGGAGUGCACCGUUUCCUCUCUAGGAUCUAUAUGCCUGAACCAGGACGACUUCUCUUCAAUUGCGAAGCUUUACGUCUGAAGAACCUAGUGGAUUUCUUAAGUAGCCUUGUGGCUAUUUUCGAGUGGAUGACUGUUUUUCUGUUGUAUUUUUCUUUUUCUUUGCAUCGAAUUGUAAUUUCGGGGAAAUGUAAGCUGGUUGACUGUCAUCGGUGCUAAUAUGAACCUAGCUAUGACUGCAUAGCGUAGCAGAAACUGGGUUUUCGAGCUUCUUUUUCUUGUUAUUAUUGUUAUCAGAUAGGCCUACUGUUAUCAGAUAAUUCUAUUAUUUGACAUGUUAGAUAAGCGUAAAAGCGCUGCCAGAUCACUCCCAAUCUGUUCAAAGAUAUCACUGUGCAGAUGAAAACGAAGUCCUCUUUGAGAGCUGUCAAUGGCGUAAUACGAAGACGGUGAAGGCAGUCAUAAGCACAGACAACACAUGCGGUAGACGAAAACACUGUAAAGGCGCGUACACACUAGCGGCAAAACGCGUGCGGCGCGCCGCCGGCGCCAAGACGCAGGCCGCGCAAGCAGCCGUGAAACAGGUUUUCUUGGAGCGGGAGGGAUCGUUCCUGGACCGAUUUUUUUUGCGGUUUGCCGCGUGCCGCGGAUGAAGGAGACCAAUGAGAGCGACUGCUUCCGUGACGUGCGCGUGGGAAACUGGUUUCAUGCGCACCCGCCCGACCGCUCGUUUCGUACUCGCGUCCGGUGUCAGACGGAAACUCGUCGUCUGCACGCGUCAGCUACCGGACGGAGCUGACGGUACAGUGGCCCAUUCUAGCCACUGUACUGACGGAUAGUUCCAAAAGGGGGGAGGAGCCUAUGUUGUCACGUGACUGCCGUAGCUGAGUUUUGCCGCCGGCGGCGCACCGCGUGCGUUUUUCCGCUAGUGUGUACGCGCCCAGCGAGGUUCUUCGCGCUGCCAUUUAAGAUGUGAAUUAAAUGUAUUCAACACCUGCAGCGUAACACCUCGAAACUAAGAGGGGUUGUUCUCUUGACUUACUGCACAUGCGCACGCCUGCAAUGCACUCAAGCACAAGUAAUUUCACGUGCGCGCAUACAUACAUACAUACAUACAUACAUACAUACAUACAUACAUACAUACAUACAUACAUACAUACAUACAUACAUACAUACAUACAUACAUACAUACAUACAUACAUACAUACAUACAUACAUACAUACAUACAUACAUACAUACAUACAUACAUACAUACAUACAUACAUACAUACAUACAUACAUACAUACAUACAUACAUACAUACAUACAUACAUACAUACAUACGCACGCACGUACAAGACGGGAGGUUAUAGGCGACCGAGGGUGUGAGCUAUUACGGAGAGACUUGUGAGCUACGUGCCUGCUUUCCCGUGAAGUGGGUUAUACUUUUCGUUUAUUGUUGUGUCAGACUAUUUUGCAAUAAAGUUUGUGCUGUUUAUUUUGCCAGGCUGAUCAGCUAGGCUAUACCAGCACAUUAUUUUCACAAUAAAAUGCACUAAAAUA